AAUUACACACAACAAACUCCCUCUCUCUGUUUUCAUUUUCUGUCCUUUUUUUCUUUUGGUUUUCUGGGCAGAGAAUUUUUUUGCUCGGAAAGUGGAAGAUCAGGUUUUGUGGUUAUUAGAAGAUGAUGUAUGAAAAGCAACAUGUGCAAAUGAAGAUGGAUUUGAGGAACAAUAGGAGAAGUAGUUUUAGUAGUAUGAAGAAGGAGAAGAAAAACUCCAUAGAAGAAGAGAGAUUUGAAAUAGUGGAUUUGAGUGGCUUGUCUUUAGAGACUCUCCCUAGUCCCACUCUCAAUCUCGGAAUCGUUUGUAAGCUUGACCUCUCCAACAAUAAUCUUCAGAUCAUACCGGAGUCGUUAAUUGCAAGAUUAUUAAACGUGGCAGUGUUGGACGUACACUCGAAUCAACUUAGAUCACUUCCAAACUCCAUUGGUUGUUUGUCUAAGCUCAAGGUUUUGAACGUUUCUGGGAACCUUAUUGAAUCAUUCCCCAAACCUAUUGAAAAUUGCAGAAGUCUAGAAGAUCUGAAUGCCAACUUCAACCAACUGAGAAAGCUACCGGACACCAUCGGAUUUGAGUUGAUAAACCUGAAGAAGCUCUCAGUCAACUCCAACAAGCUCGUCUUCCUUCCCCACUCCCUCAGCCACCUCACCGACCUCCGCAUCCUCGACGUCCGCCUGAACUGUCUCCGCUCACUCCCAGAAGACCUAGAAAACCUAAUCAACCUUGAAACCCUAAACGUCAGCCAGAACUUUCAGUGCUUGGAAACCCUACCGUACUCCGUCGGCCUCCUCCUCUCGCUCGUCGAGCUUGACGUCAGCUACAACAAGAUCACCACCUUGCCGGACUCCAUCGGCUGUCUCCGCAAGCUCCAGAAGCUCUGCGUGGAGGGCAACCCGCUGGUGUCGCCGCCGAUGGAGGUAUUCGAGCAAGGGCUGCAUGCGGUGAAGGAGUACAUGAGCGAUAGAAUGAACAACGGUGGAACCAAUCAGAGCAAUGGGUCUAAGAGUAAGAAAUCGUCAUGGGUUGGGAGACUUGUUAGGUAUGGGACUUUCAAUGGACGCUCUCACAAGACGAGUAGUAGUAGUACACGCCAUCGUCACAGUCAUGACGGAGAAGGGUUCCUCAUGCCUGAAUAUCGCACCAUUGACGGCUUAGCUUCGCCCAGGUACAUGGGGAUGUUCUCUCCACGCCGUCUAUUCUCGUCGCCACGUAAUUCUUUGUCCAGAUAGAUGAUCAGAGCUGUGGCUGUGCCGUGAGAACUGGCGUGUUUUCUUUCAUAUAAUACCAGUGAUGAUGAAAUAGUACUGUGCAUGUCUCAGCAUGUUAUUAAUUGUGCCGUGAGUUCAUUAUCAUUGGUGAUGAUCUGUAGUGUUUGCAUUGGUAAUAUUAGGUUUUUGUGUGAUGUUUAUCGUGGUUAUGAUUGUCGUUUUGUACAAAAUCUUCAUUGAGGAGAUCAAGAACCGGCAAAGGUGGUGGAAUGAUCGAUCACGGGUUAUUAUUAUUUUUAUGAUUAUAGGUUUCGCGGGCACUUGUUGUUAAGUUGUGUUUAUUUGCUUACUUUUGUGCUAUAAAAAGUAGAAUAGAGAAUAUUCCUUGCUUUCAUCCGUGAAUAAACACCAAUAUAAAAAAAAUUGUGGACAUUUGAUUAUUGUCUCAUGUUUUGUGAACUGCA